GGACGUCCGCGGUCGUCUUUGAUCGCGAAGGGUUCGACAAGUCGGCUCGUUCCUUUUUUUUUCAAAUCCGCGAACUAUUGCAAAAUCGCGAGGCUCGUCGCGGCGCGGCGCGAGCAAUCGCUAUGGGGGGAAGGGAAUCGGGACAAGGUUGAGCCGCAUUUCUUAAAACGACGUACGUAAAUCGAGCUUUUAUAACUCGUGUGUGCGUCGCGCAUAUUUAUAGGCGCGCUAUCGCGUAAGCACGCGGACACAUAUCGAAAUGCGUUCUGGCCACGCGCGACCUCUUACCCCUUCGACACUGCCGAUUAUUGCGACAGGAGUGUUAUAAGGUAGCGCAAAACAGCACGGCGUCAUUAGACAACAAACGGGAGAUAUUAUUGAACAACACUGAACGUAGUAUGCGCCGACCAGAGGCAUGACUUUGAACUGAAACGACAGAAACAAGAAAUCGAGGAAGCACAAGAAUGUAGAAUGCAGAAGAGGUGAUUGACAGCGUCGAAGCAUGGGCUAUAGAAACAGUGGAUGGGCUACAGAAACAGACCGGUUUCAGGUCAGAUCAUAAUACGAGCAGGUGCGGACGACCUUUUUCUGCAAUACCGAAUAGAUGAUUCGAGUUUUCCAGCUGCAUGGAUUACUACCCAUGUGGAAUCUUUUGAGAAAGCUAGACCCACUAGUGUGCUCUAGAAAACUGAAAACCAAGAACACAGUUAUUUUGAAAGGAAUAUUUUACAGCAAAAAUUAUUAUUUUGUAACCUAGAAAUGAAUCGACAUUCUGCAAUAAAUCACUAUUCUUUUACUUCAUAUGUGCUACUUUUAUAUUAAAACGUAUUACCAAAACACUUGCUAUGUUUCCAGCGAAAGUUAUUAUGUUUUUCAGCAAAAUACACCUUACUGACAGUUUAUUACUGAAUUAUUAAAAACAGCAAAAUCGAAGAGAAUUUGUACGAAAGUUUGUUAUUUUAAUAUAAUUUACACAUCAAGAAUUAAAUAAAAUAUUACAUACAUAAUUAAAUGUACCAGAAAAUACGAGGAGUACCGAAUCUAGAUGGCUGCAUCUCUAAGAUUGACUUUCCAGAUUACAAAGAACGUUCUGAGGUUAUCUUGAAUGUACUCAGGACGUCCUACGGCACUCUCUAAAGCAUCCGGGACACAUCCAAGGUGAUUCUGAUAUGUUUUAUGCUAUCUGGGUUGAUUUGACAUACAUUAUCACAUGCUCUAAUUUAGCUUUCAGACGCGCUUGCUUCCAUUAGCUUGGAUUUUAUUAAUUUUAAUAAGAGCACGUCCCCUUUUGAUUACGAUCAAGACCGCGACUCCGACUUCAACGUAUUACUGAAUGUAUUUCAGCGAGAGUACACCAAUGAAUUCUCGCGAGACGAACGGAGUCUCUCGUGACAAUUCGUAUUGAACCGAAAAGGACGACAUGGCUCGUUGAUGGCUUCCUUGGACGGGCUUACUCUGGGGUGUUUAAGGCAAUCUCUAUAAAAGAUGGCCCGAUUAUCAGCCCGACGAAAUCAUCGAUUUUGACUACUACGCAUUUAGCAAUGGAGACGCUUGUUAUGAUUAUCACAAUGACAUUCCGCGUAUGAUCGUGACGGUGGCAAUGAUCUUGCCAAGGCUACGAGAUCAGGCACGUGGGUAGACGAUGAUGGUGAUAAUGAUAACGAGACGGUGAGGGUUCGUGCACUCGUGCUUGCGCGCGAUUGGCAAUACUUGAAAGUAUUGCUGGUGGGCAGCAUAAGAAGAUACACUGAUCUUGGCAAUCGAAUUAUCGAACGAAUUACGAGCAAUAUUCGCUCGCCGAAGUGGUCGCACGAAGUCACGAGAAGCCGAAUUUCAGCUGUAAACGAACGAAUCGUUGCGCGACGAGCAUGACCACGGCGUGUUUAUUGUUUGUUUGGCUCAGAUCUCUCCAACUGACUCGACUCAAAGCGAUUGACGUAUCUGUCUGAAAAUAUCCUAUCACUGUUAUCGCAUAUUUAUUACGAUUUAUUUUCUCUCUCUCUUUUUCUUUUUGUCUCUCCCUCUUUCUCUCUUCCUCUGCAGAGCAAUGCAUAUAACGUGUUACAUCAUUGCUCUGAUCUCUUGAUGCGACAUAAUAGACGUUAGAAAUAUCAAUUGCUCUAACGUAAAGACGAUAAUAGAGCAAUUUGACACCUUUAGAUAGAAGAAAAGAUCAAAAUUUGUUGACAGAGUCAAAUUAAGGGCCGUUGAUAGCUAUACACGCGAUUUUCGCAAGCUACAUAUUUUCAUUAUUUGUGGGAAAUCCAAUUUCUGUCUUAUUCGGCAAGAUAUAUAUGAUGAAGAAUUACAUUGAGGGCAAAAUACUUGAUUGAAUAUACAAGAUUGAAUAUUUUUAGCAGAACACAAGGUCAACAUUUUCUGACGAUGUCGAAUUACAAGUGAAGAUUAAUACCGAUUUAAUGAGCAAUAAAUUGAAACAUCAAGAAAAUUAAAACACAUUAAAUUAAAACACACUAAAAUUAAAACAAAAUCAGAAUAUUAUAAAAUAUUAAAUAAAUAUGUAUAAAUAUAUAGCGUAUAUUAAAUAAAUUAAAGCAUUAAAAAAGUAGUGUGAUAACAGCGGUAGGACACUUCUAGGAAGGCAUGGCAACAAUAAUCUCUUGACUACACAGAGAACGAACAAGAGUUUCCUUUGAUCGAUUUGUUUGUUUGAGUCGCGCAGCCACUUUACCAAGGCGUGUCCCCUUGCCUCGGCAAGGCAAGGCAUCGGUUUCAGACGGGCCCUUAUUAACAAGGAAUAUCGCUCUCGUCUGAGAAUCGUUUGAGUUUACAAUGUCGCGGGGGCGUUCAAUUACCAAUGACGGUUGCGUGCCCGGCGACGAUGUAGUAGACGGGCGCGAUUACUCGUGUGUAACUCGCGCCGAUGUAACUCGCGUCAACUGCCCUGAUAUGAGAACUCGAGACUAACCGUCAACUGCGGGACAAUCUAACCAUCAGUCUUAAACGGAAUAUAUUUACCGCCGAGCCGAGAGAGCGCGGCGAAGCCGACUGGCAACAUCAGCAUCCGCUUUCCUCGGCGGCGACAACUGAAAUUUGCUUUUCACGGUCAUUCGGCUCUUGGAAGAUCUCGCCGAAUCAAGGACCGCCGCUGGAAUCAAUGCUGAAAUCGUGAAUAUGAUGCUUUUUCAACAUUAAAACGUGUAUAAAAAGAGACGCAGACGAGCUCAGUGAUGGACGAUUCGAUCGUAAUGAUAGACAUUCCGCAGUCGACAAUUCGAAACUAAUUAAUUCCGCGCACGGAGUUGAGAUUGUAACUGACUUUAACUGACUCGAAUAUCUGGCAACGUCUGUGUGUUGUGAUGUAAACUGUAAAUCUGGCCUUUGGUCAAACAUAUGGAAUACGAAAAAAAAUAUGUACGCGACACUGUAGUGCCGGUGAUUUUUUGCGACGAGCAGUUCGAAACAUGUGGGAGAAAUUAUCACGGAAUUCGCGACAUCGCAGUUCUAAUAAUAACCACUUGCAACGAGCGGUUUGUAAACUUUAAAAGCUUCACAGUCGAAAGCUUUAAAAGCAAAAACCGUCGUGGCUGGGCUUUUCCACUUGUUCUAUUGUAUUAAAUAGCCAUAGAGAUCAUUUCUAUACAUAUGCAUUGAGACGUCAUAUUGGAAUAAUGUCACACAUAUAUUGGAAUAUGGAUAAAUAUGAAAAGUACAUCAGAUAGAAAAAGAAAAGGCAGAAACCAUAUCGCUCUCAAUCCUUCAUUUCAACUUCGCAAGCAGAAUCAUAAGCUCCGUCUUCACGGAAAGGAGAUUGAACGGAUUAGACGGCGAGGGAAACUUGACGCGAUUACGAUAUGAUUGCAUCACAGUAAUUUACGCUGGAAGCAAAAACCAGUACUUUUUACAUGCAUGUAUUAAAGAGGAGAUUAUGUCUCGUGUAAAAGUCGGUCAGACGCAGAAUGUCGGAUGAUCCAUCCUCGCGCCGGCCAGUAAUUGUCAGAGAAAGCCCACGAUCGUAUUCACAGAUCUACUUUUAAUAUUUCGCGAGACGACGUGAAACUCUAUUCUCGACAGAAAGUGCAUAACCGACCGGCUCUUGCUGACUGGGCUUUCCAAUUGAUAACCGCGCGGAUAAAAGAAGGUCGAUAAACGUUGCGCGAAAGCCACCCUGUAGACCGACUAUCCCAUCGCGGGAAACUACUCGAUUCUUCAGGGGUGGAGGGCAGCCGGUGGUAGCGCCUGCGCUUCAAACACCCUGGCAUAUCUACCCCUGUUAUCGCCAUGCCAAGACCGGCAGUUCCACCUCGGGAAGACGCGCAAGGAAGUCGGCGAUUUUUCCUGCUACUGUCGCCGCAGCCGCCGCCGCCGUCGCCGUCGCUGUCCUCAUCGCCGCUCGGGAUUCUUCGCGUUGAUCAGGUGAUCAGGUGCGUCGCUGGGCUGCCGACAAAUAUGCGGAAAGGGUGGACGAAGGGUGCUUGAAGAUGCAGCUUCGAGCGGCCUCAAGCAGGACGGCAAGCCAACUGCGUCCUCGUCGUGUCGCUCUUCGCCGUCGUAGCCGUAGUGACGGGACGUCGUUACCGCUCUUUGGCCUGCGAAUCGGUCCCGCGGGGCCUGAAACCGCUGAGGGAUGCUCGCAGAAAUGGUCCGGUUGUCCUACCAACACAAGGCGUUCUAUUGCUACGUGAUCCUCAGCGUAUGGAUCUUCCUGCUGGUCGCUGGUAUGUACAAAUAUAUUGGCGUAGACGAGAAAACCUCGGUGCAAACAAGAGUUCUGAACAACGACUUGUCACUUCGAGAGUUCCCAAGAAAUUUAAAACCGGACGCAAAGACAAAGAAGAUCUUUCGUUUUUGCAAUUUACCACACGAAAUAGUCGCAGACACCGAAGGAAGAGUUGACGGCAACCUGACCCUAGGCGGUAUACUGAUUUUCAUUCGCCACGGAGACAGAGGCCCUUUGACGCACAUACGAAAUAUAAGCAAUAUCAAUUGCGGCGGUGAAUUCGGCAGCGCGACGGAAUUGGAGACAAUCUACGAGAAUUACGUGAAUUUCGUGCAGAACGUGUCCAGCUAUUCGAGAACCGCCUGGGCCCAAUUCCUGGGCCCGUUUCACGGAUUACCGAUACUGCCGGCGAACGCACGCGAUUGCAAAAUCGGCCAAUUGACCACGCUAGGUAUUUUGCAAUUGCUGAAAACCGGUAUUCUACUGAGAAACGCGUACUACCACAAGCUCAACCUCGGCAACGGCACCUCCUUCGGCAAGGACAUCAUCGUCUACAGCACUUCCUACCGGAGGACCGUACAGAGCGCCGUGGCCUUGCUCUACGCGCUCUUCGAGAAUGACGGCUUCCAGAGCUUGGCGAGGAUCAGUCUGCAGGAGAGCCAGAGCUACGCGUUUUGCAAUAACGAGUGCGCCUGUCCCGCCGCCGAAAAGUUUUUGAAACAAUAUCUGAAGGAGACCAGCAGUCAUUUGAAGUCUCAUCCAGCCGUUAGCGAGCUGAUCAGACAGGCGGCGAAUGCUGUAUUCGAGCUUCCGGAUCAAGCGCAGACCUGCGAUCCCAACACGCUGAGGGACGCGUUAUUAACAUACGUGUGCCACGGAGCCUCGCUGCCGUGCGCGGACCUCGACACGCAACGGACGUGCGUGAAGAGCGACCACGUUACCGGGUUGUUCGCUUACACGGACUGGGAGUCGAAGCAGAUCGCCAAGAGCAGCAGCCGUAACAAGUACGGGCUGCUGAAGGCGUACGGGAUGUUGCGCAGCAUCGUCACCUUUAUGCUGCGCAUCAUUUCCGAAGCCAGGCCCAAGGUCGUCUUCUACUCCGGCCACGACAAGACCCUGGAGUACCUCGCCACGGCCCUCGGGAUAGUCUCGGACAUGGCGACGCACUACGCCUCCAGGCUCGUGAUCGAGGUUUACAAGAUCAACCCGCGAAACGACAAUCGUCUGGCCAGCGACUUCUACUUUCGCGUGGUCGCCAACGGCCGAGAUCUCACCCCGAAGAUCCCGUUCUGCAGGAACGCCAACGUCUACAGCGACGACGGCGAGCAGACGGGCAAAAAGAGCGUCAAGUUGUGCCCGAUAGAGAAUAUCAUCAGGCAAUUGCACGACGACUAUUUCGUGCCGUUCAAUGCGACAAACUUCAAGGACGCUUGUUCGAGUCACAGGAUGCGCUAGGAUUGACGGCCGGUAGUCGCUCGCGAAGCAACAUGAACCUACACAAGAAGCAGACGCGUUAAAGGGAAUUGACAGAAAUUCAUUUUGGUGAUCUUACAUAGAAACACGUUGUCUUCGAAGUCGGGACUUGCAGUUUUCACAGUUUUGGAUUCCCCUUUAUCUCUUUUUACUCUCGAUAUAUUGGCGUACACUUAGCGACGUAUCUAAAUGCCAAACAUGAAAUAUGGGAAGGAUGAAUAUUACUUUAAUAUAUCUUAAUUCUAGGUAAGGGAUUGCUGUUUCUUCAAAAUCCCGAUAUGACAUACACCGUCUUAGAAGGAAGAUUAAUGCCCAAUCUCUUCACCUCCGGUUAACUUUAUCUAUCGGUUAAAUGUUAACCGUGACUGGUUAACUCUCGCCAACCAUAAAUGCGAUUGGUCAAUUCCAAUGAAAUAACUGAUAAAGUUAACCGGAGGUUAACCGAAGAAACUGAGUAUAACACGUAGAAGUAGAAAGGAGUAGAGUAGCAAAUUCGAUAAUUGCAAGAUUAAUCACUUUUCACGAAGAUUAGAAGUUUGAAACUUCACGAAAUGAAUUUUUAUCAAUUCUUUUUAACUCACUUUUUGCACGCUAGAUGGAUCUAUCGAAUGGAUGGAACAAACUUCCAUCUCAAGAUUAUAGGUAAAAAUACUGAACUAACAUGAAAGUAAUUAAUACUAAAGUCCAAUGCGCUCAGAAGUGUGAUUUGAAGUUGUUUUUCUUGCAAGAAGCUAUACAUGCCGCUAAGUUCGUUCUAUAACGAGAAAUUUGACUUUCGGUGUGUUGCGAGUUUGAUGGUCAUAUUUUCCAGACAGAUUCUCGAUGUUUCUUUCCAACGUGUUGCUAGGAUCCCAAUACGAUUCGUCUAAUCAGAUAGACCAGAGCUCGGAAUUAGUUGCCCAUUUCGGCCGAUUCUCAGGAGCUACGCCUUCUAUUUUCCCCUUGCCGCGAGCGGGUCACAAAAGUUCGGGCCUCCAAGCUUGAAGCCGCGACUGGCCGUCAUUUUCGUGACCCGCUCGCGGCAAGGGGAAGAUAGAAGGCGUAGUUCCUGAGAAUCAGCCGAAAUGGGCAACUAAUUCCGAGCUCUGAGAUAGAUCGAAUGUCAGCUGACAUCAGUCAUAUAAUUACACUAUAUUUGGCAGUUUUUAUUGGAAUACUAGUAACACUGAAAAUAACCGAAUCUGUCUGGAAAAACUGACAACAGAGCAUGCCGAGAGUCAAAUUUCUCGCUACAGAAUGAACUUAACGACAUGCGUAGCUUCUCGCAAGAAAAACAACUUUAAAUUAUGCUUCGCAGGUAUUGGACUUAACAUUUGAAAAAGUUUCAGAAGAUAUAUAAUCUCUUUCAAUCUUCCUAAUAAAUUUCUCUUACGUUAGUGCGGCUGGAUAUACGCGAUUUAAAACUGUUUUUCCAAGAUAGCAGGAAAAUAGUUUUUGUUGUUUCGAAAUAAUCAAGUACCAAACAUUCUCACUUUUUCUCUCUCUCUUACUCUCAUUCUAUUUCAUUUUCAUUACAUUUAGGAUAAAAUAUAUAAUUUGGAUUUUCAAAAGAGACAUACACACACACACAUACAUCUUGCUAUACAAACGCACAGUUACAAAAAUUUAAGAAAAAUUGUCCAGAAUUAUAAGCAAAUUGCAGAAGAUUAAGAAAGGGAAUAUAUAAAUUAUCAUCUUAGCAAAGAGCAAGCCUUAUCUUUAUAGAUUACAUCUAAGACUUUAAAUUUAGACAAAUCCAGGGAAGAAGUAGUGUUAACGAACCGAUUGAUCGAUUAUCAUAUAUUUUAUCACACACUCUACUGUAUAUAUGUAAAUAGUGCUCCAAGAGAAUAUAUACAUACUGAAAAUGCAGUCGUAUUUCUUCCCCAAUUAUUAAUAUACGUAAUAUACGUAAUCAACUGUAACACAUACUUAUAUAUACAACAAAAGAAAACUAAUAAACAAAAUCGAUCAUCGUUUUAAACAAAGUAUAUAUACGACAAGCCUUUUUAUGACUAUGCCUUUACUUCGAAUAGGUAAUUAAGCAGUACCUGCGUGUUCACUCAAUAACAUUUAACCUUUGCAUUUCAUAAAAGUGAUUUCGCUGUGUUCGCGUCACGAGAACCACUUGGC